UUACAAGGUUCUUUUAGUUCUUUUUCAUUUGAACCAAUUCGCAAUAAUGCAACAGCACAAAAGCAAGCUUAUAAUACUAUAGAAAGGUUAAAAAAAGAAUUAGAUGAACUAAAUUUAAUGGCUUCAAUAACAACUAAUCUUUAG